AUGCACUCGACUCGCCUGAUUCGUAACGUGGUGAGGUCUGUGAGGACGGGAGCAGGCCGCAUAAGGACAUUGGGAUCGGCCGGAGCUAUUCGUACCAACUCCAGCUUCACCCGCCCUCCUGCACCUCCUGCGAAUGUCCCUCGACCCUCUGUCAAACCGGUCGGCGAGAUCCGUCCUGACCCGCCGAAGCCUCAGCCGGCUCCUGCGGCCACUCAGACGACCUCCACCGCCCCAGAUCGACCAGCUCCGACGGAACUGCUGACGGUUCUGCAGGAGACGAUCAAGACACACGGCCCUCUCCCGGUAUCGCGUUACAUGACGCUCUGCCUGAACCACCCAACUCUCGGCUACUACACCACUCGAAAGGUCUUCGGCAAGGAGGGAGAUUUCGUCACGUCGCCCGAGAUCUCGCAGGUGUUCGGCGAGCUCUUGGGCAUUUGGUUCGUCACACAGUGGCUCGCUCAGGGUGCGCCUCAGAGCGUUCGCAUCAUCGAGCUGGGCCCGGGUCGAGGAACGCUGCUAGCCGACGUCCUGCGAACAUUCCGCUCUCUCCCACCCAACUCUCGUCCACCCAUUACCUCCAUUCACCUCGUUGAAGCAAGCGAGCAACUCCAGCGUGUGCAGAAGCAGAAGUUGGCAGAGGCGGGCUUUGGAGAGACGGAGACGAGGUGGUAUGGCGAUGUUAAGGAGAUGCCCGAGUCGGAGGACGAGUUCACGGUACUCAUCGCACACGAGUUCUUCGAUGCGCUGCCUAUCCACAUCUUUGAGAACACCCAAAACGGCUGGCGGGAAGUGCUCAUCGACAUUUCCGACCCGAAAGCGAUUGCCGCCAACCCCGCCAAAGCCGAACCUCUCCGCCUCGUCCUCGCGCCAAACGCCACUCCCGCUUCCGCUCUUUACACCUCCCUCGCACAAGCAAUUUACCCUUCCGCACAACGCCAGCCCGACCUCGCUUCCGCCGCGCCUGCAACCAAGUCUCCCCUGCUGAACGUCGACACGACUCUCGGCGCUUCCUCUGCUCCUCAUACCACACCCGCCGGCAAAGAAGGCUCCCUCAUCGCGCAACGCUUCGCCCGUCUCCCAAUCGGCUCGAGACUGGAAGUCAGCCCGUCUAGCUGGGAGAUUGCGAGGGAUCUGGCGAGGGUUGUGGCGGGACCGGAGGGCGGGAGAGGAGGUGCGGGACUGGUGGUGGAUUAUGGAGAUGCGAAGGCGUUUGGCAGGAGCUGGAGGGGAUUCCGGAAACACCAAGUUGUCGACCCGCUCACCGAGCCGGGCCAUACCGACUUGACCGCGAACGUCGACUUUGCCUACCUUUCCGAAGCAAUGUCCGAGUUCGCUGAGACCCCCGGCCCGCUCUCCCAGCGCACCUUCCUCAGCGCCCUCGGCCUCGAGCCUCGCCUCGCCUCCCUCCUUCGCAACGCAACCUCCGAAGAACGACGAAACGAGAUUGCGAGCGCAGCAAAGCGAUUGGUCGACAAGGCGGGAAUGGGCGAGCAGUACAAGUUCCUUGCGGUUGUCCCGAAGGGGAAGACGCAGGCUGAGGGGGUGUAUCCGUUUGAUGUCAAGUAG